GCCCCUGAUAUUCAGGAGCUAUGGGGGUAAAUAUCCUCUAAACUCAGAGAACUGAAGGGGACUUGGGCCUUCACACUCCUGCUGCCGUGACGACAUUUGCCAAUUUCCCUCCAGAAUACUUGGAAACACUCACGCUUUCCAACAUCUCUUGGAGCAGUCUGCAGCUGUGGUGCCCAGCCUAGCGCUUUAAGCUUUGUGUCACUCUCAAUCUGUCUUGGAAACAGGCACAUGGCUGGACAGUCGGCUGCCUCUGGUUGAGGCCAGUGACAGCUCUCCUACCUCUCACCUCUUGCGUGGAGAAUUGGCAGCCAAGUCAGGCCCCAUGACUCCAGACACAGGGGUGGAGCCUGGUGUGGGCACUGGGGAGGGCUUGACGAAAGUGACCACUUACAGCCCUGAGCCUCAGCUCCUGGACCCCUGGCUGGAAGUUGGCUGUCCUGCUUCCUGUGACCUUGGGAGCUUGAACAGGACAGGGAGCAGGGCACUGAGACUUUCCCCAGCCUUUUUCCCUUAAUCGCUCCUCCCUUGUUGCUUCUACCCCGCCCUCUACCUUCCUAAGCUGCUUCCUGGGCCAGGACUGGUUGGCCUUUUCCUUCCCCAGUUGUGGGGAGGAGGGUGUCGCAGCCCUAGUCGCCUUCGGGGGCCAUGGAGCCCAGGAGGGUGGGGCCUGGGGCGCACUACUGGGGGCCUCGGGUGGCCGCGGGGUCGGGGACAGCUGCGGAGCUCGUGUACCACCUAGCGGGGGCCUUGGGCACUGAGCUGAAGGAGCUGGCGCGCCGCUUCGGGCCGGAGGCGGCGGCCGGGCUCGUGCCGCUGGUGGUGCAGGCGCUGGAGCUCCUGGAAAAGGCGGCCGUGGGGCCCGCCCCGGACUCGCUGCAGGUGUCCGCGCAGCAGGCCGAACUCGAGCUGCGGCGGCUGCGGGAGGAGAACGAGCGCCUCUGCAGAAAGUUGCGCUCUGGGCCACAGGAGGAGCGCGCUCUGCUGCGGCAGCUCAAGGAGGUGACCGACCGCCAGCGGGAUGAACUCCGGGCGCACAACCGCGACCUGCGCCAGCGCAGCCAGGAAACGGAGGCGUUGCAGGAGCAGCUGCAGCGCCUCCUGCUGGUGAAUGCGGAGUUGCGGCACAAGCUGGUCGCAGUACAAACCCAGCUGCGCGCCGCGCGGGACCGUGAGAGCGAAUCAGAGAGGCGGCGCGAAGCGACCUUGGAGCCCGCGCCAGAGCAGGCGCAGGGCCAGGCCGCGGCGCCCGGGUGCGAGCAGAGGCAGGAGCCCGAGACGGCAGCCGCGGGCACAGGAGCCCCGGGGACCCCUGAGGACCGGGCGGAUGCCCUGCCGCCGCCAGGACGCCCCCCUAAGGUAGGGCAAUGCGGCUUCAGUCGAGAGGAGGUUGAACAGAUCCUUCAGGAGAGGAAUGAGCUCAAAGCCAACGUGUUCCUGCUGAAGGAGGAGUUGGCCUACUUCCAGCGGGAGCUGCUCACAGACCACCGGGUCCCCGGGCUUCUGCUCGAAGCCAUGAAGGUGGCUAUCAGGAAGCAACGAAAGAAGAUCAAGGCCAAGAUGUUAGGGACCCCAGAGGAAGCAGAGAGCAGUGACGAUGAGGAUGGCUCAUGGCUCCUGCUCUCCAGGGAUAAGGGAGACCACCUCCAGCCCCCACCCCCUGAGUCCAGAGUACAGAGUUUCUUGGGCCUGUGGUCUCGGGGUGGAACAGAGGCCCCUGAGGCUGAGGCCAGCACUGCGGCUACCAGCGAGAUACGGGGAGGAGAGGAGGCUCCACAGCCACCCCCGUGGAGCCUGUGGGCAGCCUGACAGCCCCCAACUCCUGACCGGCCCUGCUCUGCUCUCGAUGAAUAUCUUCAUCUGGGGUCUCAGCUGCCCCAGAGGCCUGACUUCAGAGUCUGUCUGGGGGUGGAUGUGUGACCUCAAAUGAAGACAGGGCCCCCUCCUUCCCCGCCCUCCCCAGGCUUUUUUCUAACCCUGGCCUGAGCCGGGGUGUGAUGGGGAGCUCAGCCUACCUUCCUUCCUGUAUCUCUGUGCCAAGCCUCCGGGGCCAGAUAAAAGUGCUGCUUCUGUGAGUUUCAGUUUCCCCAUCCAUGAAAUGGAGAGUUGACUACCUCCCUCCCAGGUGUCUGUACGGAUGGCCUAAGCUAAUGUAAUAAAGCAACUGCCCGUGAUACCCAGAAACUGCUCCAUGUCUGUCUGUCAGUGGUCUGCCCCCGCCCAGCUCUGCCAGGAAGUUCCCCUUGGUUGUCACUGGCUAGGGAGGCUUCUCCCAGCAUGGACCUCCAGUGGGGAGUGUGACCUAGUGGAUAUCCAUGGCUCACCCCCUCGCCUAUCCCAGUACCCAGAACUUACAGCCUCAUCUUCCUGCCCCCUCCAGACUGAGACCAGCCCCCGAAGCCCCCGCUCAGCCCUCGCCAUUGGCCUUCCUUUUCCUUUCAGUACUCUGGUGACUGGUCCUCUCUGCG